AUGGUCUUGGCUCCAAACUUUGCGUUUUGGUCUUCAUUGGUCUGGAUAGUGGUCAAAGCUCAGGUCAACGCGGGUCAACUCGUCCUCUUGGUCAACACUCAGCUGAAAGGCGAGAAACAGGGAUCUCUCAAAGAUGGAUUGAGCUUGGGCAAAAUGCUAAGAGUCAAGUCCAAGGAUGAUACAAAGCUGAACUUCCAUCUACCCAAAACAGAGCUGAGAACCCAAAGAUACCCACUGAAAUCCUAG